AUGUGGCUCUUUGAAAGAGUUAAAAAUUAUAUUAAAAAAGUUCACUCAAGGUUAUUGUUGGAGGACCAUCUCUUAAUUGUACUCAUAAAACUAAAAUUAGGUCUAUUAAAUAAAGAUAUUGCUUUUCGAUUUAGACUAAGCCCAGCAGUAGUUUCAAAAUUUUUCAGAACAAUAAUACCAAUUUUUUCUGCUAGAGUUGUUAAUCUCAUUGUUUGGCCAGACCGUGGAAUAAUAAGGAGUAACCUUCCUAUAUGUUUUAAAAAAAAGUUCAAAGAUUGUGUUUGUAUUAUUGAUUGUACUGAAAUAUUUAUUGAAAGGCCAAAAAAUUUAACUUCACGAUCACAAACUUGGUCUAAUUACAAACAUAACAAUACCAUUAAAUAUCUUAUUGGUAUUACUCCAGCUGGGGCAGUUAGUUUUUUAUCUCCUGGCUGGGGUGGUCGUGUUUCAGACAAACAAAUAACAUUUGAGUCAAACUUUUGUCAGAAGCUUUAUCCUGGUGACUGCGUUCUUGCUGACAGAGGAUUCAAUAUUAGAGAUGAACUAAAUGCUGUUGGGGCAACGUUAAAAGUUCCAGCAUUUACAAAAGGUAGACAACAGUUAUCUGGGUGGGAAGUGGAUACAUUUAGACAGAUAUCUAAUGUUUGCAUACAUGUAGAAAGAGUGAUUAGUCGAAUAAAAAAGUUUCGUAUUAUUCAUAUGACUGUGCCAAUCAUCCAAGUGGAUUUGUUAGAUGAUAUUAUGAUUAUUAUUUGUGCUCUUGUAAAUCUCAAUAUGAGUUACUUGAUUAAUUUUUAA